CUUCGACAGAGACUUUUACGAUCUCUAGGACUUCUACUGUUGUAACAGAAACUGUUUUUGAAACAAGUACGUUACCCGAAACAACGGCAAUGGAAACAGAAACUGUUUUUGAAACUGUUACCUUACCUGAAACAUCGACAAUAAUUCUACCUGAGACAUCGACAUUUGAAACAGAAACUGUUUCUGAAACUUUUACCUUACCUGAAACAUCGACCAUUGAAACAGAAACUGUUUCUGAAACUUUUACCUUACCUGAAACAUCGACAAUUGAAACAGAAACUAUUUUCCAAACAGUUACCUUACCUGAAACAUCGACCAUUGAAACAGAAACUGUGUUUGAAACUGUUACCUUACCUGAAACAUCAACAAUAAUUUUGCCUGAAACAUCGACAAUUGAAACAGAAAUUGCUUCUGAAACUGUUACUUUACCUGAAACAUCGACAGUAAUAUUGCCUGAAACAUCGACAUUUGAAGCAGAAACUAUUUUCGAAACAGUUACUUUACCUGAAACAUCGACAACUGAAGCAGAAACUAUUUUUGAAACAGUUACCUUACCUGAAACAUCGACUGUAAUUUUGCCUGAAACAUCGACAAUUGAAACAGAAACUAUUUUUGAAACAGUUACCUUACCUGAAACAUCGACAAUUGAAACAGAAACUAUUUUCCAAACAGUUACCUUACCUGAAACAUCGACUGUAAUUUUGCCUGAAACAUCGACAACUGAAGCAGAAACUAUUUUUGAAACAGUUACCUUACCUGAAACAUCGACUGUAAUUUUGCCUGAAACAUCGACAUUUGAAGCAGAAACUAUUUUCGAAACAGUUACCUUACCUGAAACAUCGACAAUUGAAACAGAAACUAUUUUUGAAACAGUUACCUUACCUGAAACAUCAACAGUAAUAUUGCCUGAAACAUCGACAGUUGAAACAGAAACUAUUUUUGAAACAGUUACCUUACCUGAAACAUCGACUGUAAUUUUGCCUGAAACAUCGACAAUUGAAACAGAAACUGUUUUUGAAACCGUUACCUUACCUGAAACAUCGACUGUAAUUUUGCCUGAAACAUCGACAAUUGAAACAGAAACUAUUUUUGAAACGGUUACCUUACCUGAAACAUCGACUGUAAUUUUGCCUGAAACAGAAACUGUUUUUGAAACUGUUACCUUACCUGAAACAUCGACUGUAAUUUUGCCUGAAACAGAAACUGUUUUUGAAACUGUUACCUUACCUGAAACAUCGACUGUAAUUUUGCCUGAAACAUCGACAAUUGAAACAGAAACUGUUUUUGAAACUGUUACCUUACCUGAAACAUCGACCUCUAAAAUAGAAUAUGAAACUUCUGAAAUUACUGAAACACAAACUCUCGAAACAAUUAGCCUACCUGAAACGCUGACCCCUGAGCCGUCUGGCCCCACAACUACAACAGAAGAGAGCAGAGAGACGGAGCUUCGGAAACAGAUCGCAGAACUGAGUCAGAGAACAAGUAACCUUGCAAAUACAGACGAUUCUCUCAACGAUUUCAAAAUCGCCGUGGCAAACGCAAGAAAGCGCCGUUCUGUUUCGUUUGACAUGAGCCUAGAGGGUCAGAAUAUCGCUAUCGAUCCUUACUGCAGUGUAAAUGCCAAUGACAACCUGUCUGGCAAUACAUCAGCUGUGCUUUUGCAAGUGCUGACUGAUCUUUCAGAAGAAGUGCCCAAUCUCACGACAGACCAGAUCAGCUGCUUCAAUCAAAUCCUUGAGAGAUUCACUGCAUUCAUAGAAAAUGGGACUAUCAUCAUCGACUCUCAAUUUAAGAGUACUAUUAUUGAUGCUGCAAAUGUUGCAAGUGAAGCUGUGGGAGAAGAGCGUUCCGACGUCCAGGCUAGCAUAGAUGACCUGCAGGAAGAACUAAGCAGUCUGAUUGGGGAGAGCGCAACAACAGUUGCUCCGGACCCAGAGACAGAGCCAGGCCCUGAGCCUCUACCUGUGCCUGCACCUCGUAAGAUGCACAACUUACCUUUCCCCUGUCCCACUUCAGUCAUCUGGAGAUUGACAUUUCAUAACGCCAUCGCUGUUGCUACUCUGGCGUCACAGAAGCAGAAAAAGAAUCAUAAAGAAAUAAUAAAUUCGGACUACUCGUUUGAGACUGGUCGUCUUACAGCAGGUGAACCUCCCAUAGAAGACAACUUGCGAAUCGCUCUCACGUUUUAUGGAUCCAACGGACUGUUGCUAUUCCAAAAUUGUAAUAGCUUCGGCACUGACUACAUUAACCGUACUGCUGUCCAAGAGGAUUUCUCCAACAUCAGUCAGGAUUCCUGA